AUGGCUCACUUUCCUCUAGUCAUAGGACUGUCAUUGGACAUUUUGACUUUCUCCAUGAGAAUCGCACUUGUCGAAAGCCACCCUCUGGGGGACUCACCGCUGCCUGUCCGCGACUACUUAUUUCCUACAGCCGACGACCUCAUAUGCAGGCCAGCGGCUGUCGACCUCGUUAUACUCGUUGAUACUUCCAACAGCAUGGACGACAUUUUCAAAGAAGAAAAAGCCGUUUUGUUUAAAAUGAGCAAAUUUCUUCCCGUGUCCGCGACGGGCACAAUGGUGUGUUUCAUACAGUACAGCAACAAGCCGUUGCUUGUCAUGCCAUUCAGCGAUGCUCAGAGUCCGCUCAGCUUGUACAAUGCUACGAAAUCGCUGGAGGCCCUCGGAGGUGAGACGCACACCGCCGAAGCCGUGUUGUUUGCCUUGGAACAGCUGAAGCUGAACGGCCGUCGUUCGGCGACGAAGGUGCUGGUAUUGCUAAGCGACGGAAAUUCGAUUAACAGCUGGAACGUGGUCGAAGAAACGGCCAAGGAGCUGAGGAAAAGCAAAGUGAACGUCAUCGUCGUCGCUUUGGGGAGUCAGCUGUUUAUGCCUGAGUUGAAACUCUACGCGGGCAGCAUGGAUUCUGUGUACGAUGAGGGUAACAUAGACAAACUGGAAGGCGUGCUUCGCGACAUCGUGGGCGACAGGUGUCGAGUUUCCGGAUCUGAAGACUGA